GUGGAUCCCACUCUGGAUGAGUGGAGUCACAGGCUUUCUUCUCAGGGCUGGACAGCCAGGCUGCAACCAGGCAGGGGACACCAGAGGGAUCAGACGUCCUGGCAAGGACCAUGGCUUCUGGGGGCAGCAACCUCAGCACCAGGAUGUCUGCAGAAGACUACAGACGUAUGUGUGAGAUUGCAUUCCAACACUUCAAGGAACAUAAGGUCGAGAUUUCCGAUGCAAUAAAAACAGUAUUUCCUUUCCUUGAGAUUCUUCGUGAUCGUGGAUUCAUCACCAAUGAAAAGUAUAAAGAGUUUAAAAAACAUUACAAAAACCUGUCGCUUGUACCAAGAGUGGUGUAUGAUGUUCUCAAUGAACUGGAAGAGAAAUUUGACAUGUCGCUUCUAGAAACCUUGUUCAGCAAGAGCACCAUGAAGAACUACCCUGAUUUAAAUGAAAUUUGCAAAGACUUCAGAGAUGUGAUCCAAAAGACAAUUUGUCAAGUAAGUCAUGAAGGAGAGAGUGCAAAGAAACCUAAUGCCCAACUAAGACUUGGACAAGGAGUUGGUGAAUGCUUACGUAAAUACCCAGCCUGGCUUUAUCCAGAUACCUUGAAUUACAAAGGUACAGCCAUACCUGAAAAUGAACUCUCAGAGUACCUAUGUGAAAAAGAACAGAUCAAUAAGAAGGAAACAGGUAUAACCAGUGGCAACAAUGAACUAGAAAGCCAACAAGCAAAUGAACAAUGUGCCCAAGAGUCUUAUCGAGCAGAGUCUAUGAACUUAAGAAAAUCACCUACAUCUGGAAACAGGCUUCACAAAAGAAUGAGAAUUCCUGAAGGGCCUUCGGGGCUCAGUGCAGAGGAGCAGCGCCCGGGAGCUGGGAGCCCCGCCGUGGGAAGUGGGGCUGGUGUGGAAGGUCCUGCGGAUCUUGGAGAAAAUUCUACUGCACAAAAAACCAAGAGAAAAAGAUGGUCAAAACCACAGGAAGAAGAAUAUGUGGAUUUUUGCUCUGAAACACUUCCAGUGACCUGUGGAGAGAUGAAAGGCAUGUUGUAUAAGAACAAGUUGGAAGAAGGAUCCACAGUGAAGUGUAUAAAGACAGAAGACGGAAACUGGUUCACCCCCAGGGAAUUUGGAGUUGCAGGAGGUUAUCAAAAAUCAACUAAUUGGAAGAGAAUUGUGCGCUGUGGUGGAAAUACCCUAAAAUGGCUGAUGAAGGAAGGAAAACUACAUAUACCACCUGGAAAAUAUGGCAAGGAAGAAAAGCUUGAAACGUCAGAUGUAUGUGAGGUCUGCUGGUAUGGAGAAGACCUCAUCCGCUGUGAUACUUGUUCAAGAGUCUUUCAUGGGUCCUGUCACCUCCCACCAGUGGACACUAAGAGGAGACCGUGGAGUUGCACCCUCUGCAGGAUAAAGGAACCUGCAGGAAGGCAGCCAGUCUACCAUGAAUCUGAGGUGCUGAAGAGACCAAUGGGGCCUGAGGAGCAGCUGAAAUGCGAGUUCCUCCUCUUGGAAAUCUAUUGCCAUCCAGACAGCUGCUGUCUUGAGAUAAUUCAACAAGAUAAUUGUCCUCUAGAGACUUCUAAAGGCAUGGAUAAGUCUAUGAUGUUGAAUAAAAUCAAGAAAAAUCUAAGUGAGCGCUGUUACCCCUGUGUGGAGGGAUUCGUGAGGGACAUGCGCCUCAUCUUUCAGAAUCACAGGGCAUUUUAUAAAGGCAAAGAUUUGUUUUUACUGGGAAUUGGACUGGAGGAGAAAUUUGAGCAGAAUUUUAAGGAAGUGUUUGCUAUUCAGGAGCUAAAACAAGAUCCCACAGACAACAAAAUUAAAAGACAAACAAGGCAUAAACAAAAGUAGAGUUCAGCAACAAAAAGCAAACUAUCCAAAGAACAAACAGGUAUCUCAGAGCAAAAGAAAACAAAUACUGUGCUGAUGAGUUGAAUAGAGAGCUUUAAAAGCAAAUGUGAUUAAGCUUUGGAAAGAAUCAGUGAGCUAUUAGAUAGGCUGCUUGAAACUGUCCAGUCACAGGAGCAAAGAAGAAUGAUAAAGAGUGAAGAAUGCCCACAGGACUUAGGAGACAUUAUCAAGGGAAACAUAUAUGCAUCAUGGUUCUCCUAGAAGCCAAAAAGAAAAAUAAGAAACAAAAGUCUAGGUAAAGCAAUAA